AUGGCUGUGUUUCUGGUAAAUGUAUGCAAAUUCAACGGUUGUGAGAAGAUUUUCCCAAGCUUGACUGAUCUAAUACAUCAUAUAGAGAACACACACAUAGAUGACUCACAGGCGCCCGAGGUAACGGAAAAGACGCAGCCAACAUGUCUUCCGCUUAGCUACGUUUUGCGCUUCGUAACGGAUAACACCCGCCGAGAUGGUGUACUCGGUUCGCCGGUGGCCGUCACUCCCAACGGUGCCGACCGAAACAAUCCCGCCCUGGUGCCGGCCAACGGUACCGGUCUACGGUUGACCACUGCAGCCGCAUCAAUCAACCAAACAGCGGACCACCACCAGCAUGGUGUCGCCGGGACCGCCACCGCUACAACCAAUUCCAGCCCGAUUGCGAACGGUGGCAGUGGCGGUGGCGUUGCGACUCCUCCCACCACAAACGGGUGCAGUACGGACCAGAACGGUGGUUCGGUGGUACCGUCGGGUGGCGGCGUCGGCGGCGCUGGGCUGGAGCAAGCCAAAAAUCACCUCAACCAAACGGUGGGCACAACCGAUCUCAAACGUAAAAUUGCCAUCAAGCAUCACAGUUACAGCAUAUCGGCAACGAACCGUAGCACCACGCCUACAGGAAGCGAAAUGGAUGACGACGAGAUGAUGGUGUCCGAAUCCGAGGAUAGCAACGAUUCCUGGACAACGGAGGAGUUUAGCUCAGAGUUCAUCAUGCGCUACGGAAGCCGACGCCAUUCCGCAUCCGGAAGCGGUAGUGGUAUAAAUUCUUCGAACGAAAAACCGUUCGCGUGUCCGGUGCCGGGCUGCAAAAAGCGUUACAAAAAUGUCAACGGCAUCAAGUACCAUUCAAAGAACGGGCACAAAAAAGACGGAAAUCGGGUCCGUAAAGCCUUCAAGUGCUACUGUGGCAAAAGCUACAAGACGGCCCAGCGGCUCAAAAAUCACAACCUGGUGGUACAUGCAACCACCACCCGGAAUGGGUCCCCGGUCGACGGAACCAACCUGCAAGCCGCGGUACCGCUUACAUCGCCGGCCCUUCCGUCGGCCACGUUGAUCUCCGCACCGGUCAAAUCUCCUCCGCUGACGAACGGUGCCAGUACCAACACCGUCGUCGUCAGCAGCACAAGCAGCAGUAGCAGCAGCAGCAACAAUAGUAGUAUUGUGACAGCCGCCGCCGCCGCUGCUGCCAUCGCUUCUAGUCAAAUCGGUACAAACGCAACCACCACCAACACUACGUGUACUAGUCCAUCCACACUUACUAUAACGCAGGUCACCCAAAACAAGGUGCCACGUGCGCUCGUACUGGCGACGGCGGCGGCGGCAGCAAACAAUAGUGCCGCGGCAACGCCGCCGAUGGCGACGACGACGACGGUGGCCUCACCCGUCAUCCCAACAGCGAACUUGUUUCCGGUGUCGCCUACCGCCAGCACCAUCACGGCAACGUCGGCCAAUGUGUCGCCGGUUAACAUCAAGUACGACAAUCUCGGCAUUCUAACGCCGGCCACCUCACCGAAGCUGAUCGCUGCUAAUCUCUGCCAGGAGGCGAACCAGCUGCAACCGUCAACGGUUGUUUCCAGCACUGGUGGUGGAGUUGGUGGCGGCAACACUAAUCCUGCCACCUCCACGAUCGCUUCGGUCGCGAUAACGCUGAAAAGUGUUACCGGUACAAAUGGGGGUGGUACCGGUGGUGGUGGGGGUGGUAAUGGUGGUAGUAAUACGCCCAGCGAGCUGGUUAGCGCUGGCGGAAACGUGGGCAUCGCCCUGGUCGUCUCAACCGCCGUUGCUGGGAAUGAGACAAAGCUGAACACUACCACCGGCGGUGGUAAUAAUAGUAAAAACGCGGUCCUCUCGGCGUCGGUCACGGCUGGCCAGCUGUACGCCGAAGAGACGUAGCCGAUACUUAAGAAUUUACUGUUGCGAAAGUAUUGACUGGCUAUAGAGCGUCGUACCUGUUCUCUUCUUU